GUCCAAUUAUUCCUGGCGCAUCGCAUCCAUAGUCAACAAAUAAUGGACAUGCAUACGACCACUGUAAACGUGCAAUCGUACGGUUCGUCUUUAAAGUGUUGUGUUUGUGUGUACAACCGGGCACGUAUGUUGCAAGCCAUGCGAAUGCAAAGGACUCCGGAAAACGCAAAUGGAAAACUAGAAGAAACAUCUAAAAAAACUCCAGAUUUGUUGUGCAAUUGCAAGGUGCAACGAUAUUGCAGUGUUGCCCAUCUUACUGAAGAUCUCAUGGAGCACCGCGACUUCUGCCAGAUUCUAAGGGAAGUCCAACAGGUGGAGAGCAUUUCAUUUCCUCAUUUUCUGCAAGGAGUUGUUCUGUCCCGUAACAUGCUGAACCAGGCCAUUUCUCAGUUAAAGCUCAUCCUGAGCGUCAAACUCCGGCGCCCUCUCUCCUUGCGCGAGAAAGAAAUAAUUGGAAAUCCUGGUUACUGCGUUAUUUGCUAUCGAACCACGCCUCUAAAUUCUUGCGCAGGAUGUGAGGGCGUGGCCUACUGCUCUGAGUACCAUCGGCAGCUCGACAAGGAUAAUCACACGCCGAAAGUGUGUCGAACACUAGCCCUCGUCUACAGCCCCUACCGACUGCUCGAAUCAAAUCAAUUUCAAAUCAAAGAAUUCCAUAGAAGCAGCAUCCUUCAAGAGACCAAUCUUGUCGAGGCAUUUUACAAUGCUACUUUGCUAAUGGUGAACGACAGCCCAAACAAUCUUCAGCAGUACGAUCUGCUUGCUGCUUGCUCUUCAUUUAGUACCGUUUGCACCGUUUGCCUAGCUUUGACCCAUUUGACCAUUGUGGCUGAACCAGAUAAGGCUGUCAUCGUGUACAUUGUGGGAGCAACCAGUGAAUGUCUACGCUACUUCGAAGAAAUGCAUCUAAAAUUCUUCUUUCUCCAGUACGAAAGUGUACAAAAUUUGGAAUUGUACUUUAUUGGAAACAUGAUAGAGGCCCAAGAAUCUGAGGAGUCAAUUAUUUGCGUGGGAGAUCUAAAAAGAAAGGUUCUUAAACGGAAUGUUCCUGCUCGAUUUAACAGGGAUCGGAAAUAUGACCCCUCUUCUUGUUGGCCAAUUUUAUCCUCGUUCUUAUUCAACGAUUUGGCCAGAGAGAACAACAUUGUGAUUAAACGAUCGUACAAUAUCACUAAAAAUCUCUAUCGUGGAAUAUUGCCAUUGCGCAAUCAUUGUGCCGAAGACUCUGAAAUGAUAGUGUACAACAACAACUAUCUUGAGGUGAUGUUUACGAAUCCAAAAAACUGA